AUCGCUGCUCUUUGACGUCCACGUCCCCGCGUCGUGGGAUCCUCGCCGGUCGAGAUGUGAUGCGCGCCCCCGCUCUAGAACAACACAAACCCGGGAUAGGAAAAGUUGAAGAAGAAAUGGCGGAUGGCAGCACGACGCUUAAAGGAUUGCGAGCUCAAUUGGCUGCAGCUGCGCAGGCCCAAGGCGAGGAGCGGCGCAGCCAGGCUGCAAGUCCAGCACCUCCAGCUAAAGCUCAGGGCUGUCGGCCAGUCAUCGACGGUGCUGCACUUCGAGUAGACGACCGACUGCGAGUAGCAAAGGAGAGACGGGAGGAGGCAGAAAGGCAACAAGCUCUGCGCGAGUCUCAGAUCAUGGAGCGGGAGCGCAAGGCCAAGAUGCAGGUGGAGCGGCAGCUGGAGGAACGUCAGAAGAAGGCCGUGGAGCAACGCAAGAAGGAGGAGCAGAAGCGAAUCGCCGUGGAGGAGAAGAGGAAGCAGAAACAGGAAGAGGAGAAGGAGCAUUAUGAGGCCGUGAUGAGACGGACGUUAGAGAGGAGCCAGCGUGUGGAGCAGAGACAGAAGAGAUGGUCCUGGGGAGGAUUGUCAACAGACUCGGAUGGACGAGGUGACUCAGAUACCGGUGCUUCAUCUCCAGUAGCUAUAGUAAUCUGCCCCGCCUCACCAGAAAAGCCACAGAGGACCCAAAAAGUGGACAAGCGCUCCACAUCCACCAUCAACCUCAAACAGCCGUCAGAGGCUAACAUCAGCAAACGUCUAUCCUCCUCUUCCGCCACGCUCAUCAAAUCUCCUGACAAAAGUUUUAAACCAAGGAGUUCAUCUUGUAACCGUGUGCUCCGCAAAGACAGUGUUCCUGAGGCUGCUAAGGAGAAAAGCAAACCGUGCCAGGUGGAGCAGACAGGUGCUUCCAUGAAGAAGAGGAGUGCGUCCCUCACACGAGUAAGUGUGGGCAGAGUACAGACUCCUGCCAAGGCUGCUAAGGGGACAGCAGACGAUCAAGCACGCAAGCCACCAACUAGCGCUGUGGACGGAGGGGUCAUUAGUCGCUUGCUCACUCCCACCCAGGCAUCACUAGCUCGGAGCAAGAGCGCCGCCGCCCUUUCCCCCGAAGGAACAGAGUCUCCAGCUGCUCUACUCGCAGCCUCAGCUGCCCCGCUACACCCGCCGCGCGGACCCAUGCGCAGCCGCAGCAUCGACCGACAGAAGAACGGUAUGACCACCUCCGUGUCAGCAGACGGAGCUCUGGACCCUUCGCUGGGCAAGCAGGAAAGACCAUUUACCUCGCCCGGCCGGCAGCGCCCCCCCUCACCAUCUGUUCCUCUGGGACGCAACCGUUCGCCGUCCCCUGCCCCCAUUCCAUCUCUGAAGAGGACUCCUUCCCCAGCAGCAGCAAAGCAAAAUGCAAAGGCCCGUCCGCCCUCGCCGGCUAUGAAACAACGUCCCCCAUCCCCUCAGCCAACCACAGCUAAGCCCCCUCCCAUCCAGAAACCAGCUCUCACCCCACCGGGGCCCCCCACCCUACGGAAGAGGGACUCCCGGCCCAAAGAUCUGGGUCCUGUGACGACGGUGUCACCACAGUCCUCAGACUCUAGCAAGUCCAAAGACAAAGAUGAUGCCAAGACAGGCACCAACUCUGCUGCCGAGGCCGCCAAGAUCUUGGCGGAGAACCGUCGACUGAUGCGGGAGCAGAAGGAGAAAGAGGAGCAACUCCGGAUACAACGGGAGGAAGAGGACAAGCUCAGGAAAGAGGAGGAAGAACGCCUGGCGGAGGAGGCUCGCCUGAAGCGUGAAGAGGAGGAGAAGAAACUGGCGGAGGAGAGACGAGUGAAGGAGGAGGAGGAGGCCCUUAUUGCGGAGGAAGAGCGCGUGAGAAUGGAGGCGGAAGACGCUCUGAAACAGGCGGAGCUCCAGAAGGAGCGGGAAGAGGCGGAGGCCAAGGCCUUGGAGGAGGCCGAGAAGGUCCGUCAGGAGCGAGAGCGCGUCAUGCAGCAGAACCAGCAGGAACGCAUGGAGAGGAAGAAGAGGAUUGAAGAGAUCAUGAAGAGGACCAGGAAAUCCGAAGGGGAGCAAAAUGACUUUAAGAGAUAUGAAGACAAAUGUCUACAGGAUGACGACGACGAUGACGACGGACUGGACCAGAUGGGCUUUGAUUCCAAGUCUGACGAGGGGGAAAUGGGCGACAUCGCCAUGGAGGCGCAUGACUGCGGUGACGGCGUGGGAGUCAGACAACCACCAGUGGGCUGCGUGAAUGGAAGGGAGGAGGCGGACAACAAGGAGAACAACGAGGACACUCAGGCAGUCAGUCCAACUUCUAAGGGCCGCCUUGUGGAGGGCUCAGAGUUCCUGAACGAGCAGGACUCGGCCAAGGUGGAACUGGUGGGCAGCAAGUCCAGCCAGUGGAGCUUUGAGGAGCUUAUGGAUCUCAACGUUCACUCCAAGACUCACACCCUCAUGGAGGCCCAGGACUGCAACCCGGUCCUGAUCAACUGUGAUGUGCCGGACGGGACCAAAGGCAGCCCAGUGAGCUCCCUGCAUUCCUCCAGUCCGGCCAUAGAGGCUCUGUCAGAGAUCUGACACCAGGAAGCCUCUCCACUGUUGCACUCUUCAGCUUCAUUUGAAAGAUUCCAACAGCUCCCUCCUCCACUUAUUCCACAGGGAGGAGCUAAGCACCCCACAAGAGCUAGGUGUUUCGUAAAAGCUUCAGGGAAAUUCCACAUUCUUUUUUCUCAUGUCAUCUUCUUCCUAGAGCCCUUUUUUCAUUUCCCCUCGGGGAAAGUGUUUCUGAUUCCGUUUUUUUCUAUGUCGUGUCCGAGUUUGACAGUUUUUUUUAAGGGUUUUGUCUUCAUCAGGGGUUGUAAUUUAUUCAUUCAUGUUGGCUUGUUUGUUCUUCUCCAUGUCGUCAUCACGUGUUUAGAUGUUCUUCUAUAUGAGAACCUUUGUUACAAAUGUCCUUUUUUCGCAUCUGUGUGUCUCUUCCAAAUUUACUCCAACGCAAUUAUGGCCUUACCAGUUUUUUCCACAGCCUCCAUUUUGGCUGUGAAUAACAGUGUCUGCGCACAGCUUCCUGUCAUGCGAAGGGCUCCUUGUCUCCCCUCUACGGCCACCAGAUGGCAGUGAACUGUCGGCACACGUUCAAUCAGGGCUCUUUAGUCUUUUUCUCCCGUUGUACAUGUUGUAUAUGGAGCUUGUUUACUAACACCAUGGUCCUAGUCUGCAUGGUCUCUUCCUUUCUGCUACCUUCUAUCCUCCUCUGUGAGAUGACGUCUGGAUACACGAGCUGCUAUCCCACAAAAUGCAUUUCAACUUAUUUAAUAUAACACGUGGCUGUUUAUAAAGUAUAUUUAAGUGUUGUACAUUGAAAUCAGUGUUAGGCCAAUGAAGCCACGUUCAGGGCGGAGUAAUGUCUACAUGUUGGUCACCUUGUUCUGCUUUCAGUCUAAUAGUUGGGACCUGGAUGUAUGCCUUGGUGUUGAUGGGCUUUGCUUUUAUUAAGAAUGUAACCGCCGUCCUUCACUCCUUCUGCAUCCUAUCAUCCACGCGGAAGGCUUGUGUUAGCUUUACUGUAGACUGCUGGGACAACCUCCACAGCACCACCUGUGGGAGGGAAGCUGCUACUGUUGCCCGCUAUAGGUGGCUAGCUAGCGCCGUGCCUUAGAUGGACUCCGAAUAAGAGAACAGUGUCCUUACCUCGGCCUCUGACAAUCAAGUCCCUUGUGAAUAAUGUUCCCCAGCACCCUGGCCACAUUUGUACUGUAAAUAUAAUAAAGUCUUCUAAAAUGAUGUUAAUAAAGUCUCGCAAAACUA